AUCUCUAACCAGUUCGAUCAGUGAAGAAAGAAAGAGAGAAAGUGGAAAGUAGGUGAGUGAGUGAGUGAGCGAGUUGAGAAUGGUGAAGAAAGAAGAGUUUAUGAGAGAAAACGGUUAUGAAAAUGGACAAGUUUCGCGCACUGACUUCCCUUCCGACUUCGUCUUCGGAGUCGCCACUUCCGCUUAUCAGAUAGAAGGUGCUAGCAACGAGGGUGGUAGAGGUCCUUGUAUAUGGGAUGCCUUCACCCACACCGAAGGAAAAAUACUUGACAAAAGCAAUGGGGAUGUAGCAGUUGAUCAUUAUCAUCGGUAUUUGGAAGAUAUCGAUCUUAUAGCCAAGUUGGGUUUUAGCGCUUACAGAUUUUCACUUUCCUGGUCUCGUAUUUUCCCAGAUGGCUUAGGAACCAAAGUCAAUGAUGAAGGGAUAACAUUUUACAACAACAUUAUUAAUGCUCUUCUUGAAAGAGGUAUUCAACCUUUUGUAACUUUGUACCAUUGGGAUCUUCCACUGCAUCUUGACGAGUCAAUGGGAGGAUGGUUGAAUAAAAAAAUCGUAGAAUAUUUUGCACUCUAUGCAGAUACUUGCUUUGCAAGUUUUGGUGAUAGAGUGAAAAACUGGAUUACUAUCAACGAGCCCCUUCAAACUGCAGUUAAUGGAUAUGAUGCUGGAAUCUUUGCUCCUGGAAGAUAUGAAAAUAGAUCAGUAGAGCCAUACUUGGCAGCACAUCAUCAAAUCUUAGCCCAUGCAGCAGCUGUUUCCAUUUACCGAAUCAAGUACAAGGAUAAACAAGGGGGACGAAUAGGACUGGUGGCAGACUGUGAAUGGGCUGAGCCUAACUCUGAUACGAUUGAAGAUAAAUCUGCUGCUGCAAGACGCCUAGAUUUUCAGAUUGGCUGGUUCUUGCAUCCAUUGUAUCAUGGAGAGUAUCCUGAAGUUAUGCGUGAACGACUUGGAGACCAGCUUCCUAAAUUCUCAGAGGAGGAUAAGAAAUUUCUUUUGAAUUCUUUGGACUUUAUUGGUCUAAAUCACUACACAACAAGGUUAAUUUCACAUGUGCCAGAAUGCAACGGAGAAAGUCAUUACUACAACGCACAGGAGAUGGAGAGAAUCGUGGAAUGGGAAGGUGGCCAGCUCAUUGGUGAGAAGGCAGCAUCAGAGUGGCUAUAUGUAGUUCCUUGGGGUCUUCGGAAGGUUAUUAAUUACGUAUCACAAAAAUAUCCUGCCCCAAUAUAUGUCACAGAAAACGGUAUGGACGAUGAAGAUAAUGAUAGCUUACCACUGCAUGAGAUGCUAGAUGACAAACUGAGAGUUCGGUAUUUCAAGGGAUACGUUGCAUCAGUUGCGGAGGCUAUAAAGGAUGGAGCAGAUGUGAGAGGAUACUUUGCAUGGUCAUUACUGGACAACUUUGAAUGGGCUCAAGGAUAUACAAAACGCUUUGGAUUGGUUUAUGUAGAUUACAAAAAUGGACUCACUAGGCACCCGAAGUCUUCUGCGUAUUGGUUUUCGCGGUUUCUGAAAGAUAGGGCAAACAAGGAGGGUAAAGAAGAGUAGUUCACUUUCAUUAUUAUGUCUUACCAAAUACUAUGAGGGAGAAAAUAAUGCAAGAACAAAAACUUCUGUAAUUGUUUGGAAGCUUUGUAAAAGCAAUAGUGGCACUUCUCGCGUUAUUUAUGACUUAAUCAAAUCUUGUGCCCCAAAUGCCUUAAAACACUAUUAUUUAUAUUUGACUUUGGUUCUAAUCUGCUAAUAUUUUCUCUUUUAAUGUUAGUAGUAGCUUUCUUGUGCUAUGAAAGUUGACAUUAUGGUUGUACCAAAUUGUCUAUCAAAGCCGAAUACAUUUUUUCCGGCAAAUUGCGUGGUUGAGGAAAAUGUGGUUUAGAAAAUCUUUGCAGAAUAAACUUAGUUUAAAAAUAUUUUAACAAAUUAGUAGCGAAAAUAAAAUACAGAAUAUAAAUUG